GUUACCUUGGGGAUUUUACUCACUUACGCCAACGGCCAUACUGCAGAAAUAAAGGCAAUUGUUGGCGGGCAGUGAAAAGUCAUAGGCCCGCCCGGCAAGGCCAACAAUGGAUCAACGCAAGUUGCUGAGCCCGGUGAAGGCGACAAAUCCCAUUGUCUACCUGGAUAUCGACAUUGGAAAGGAGGACGCGGGACGCAUGAUAAUUGAACUGCGCAAGGAUGUUGUGCCGAAGACAGCGGAAAAUUUCCGCGCCCUGUGCACGGGCGAGUGCGGCGUGGGCCAGAUGGGGCGGCCGCUUCACUACAAGGGCAACCGCUUCCAUAGAAUCAAGCGGGUGUUCGCCGUCCAGAGCGGGGAUGUUGUCCGAAACGAUGGCACCAGCGGCGAGAGCAUUUACGGUCCAGUUUUUGAGGACGAGAAUUUUGAGCUUACGCACAACGAGGAGGGCGCAGUCAGCAUGGCCAACUACGGCAAGCCCAACUCCAAUAACUCACAGUUCUUUAUCACGGCCGUGGGAUGUGAAAAUCUGAAUGGAAUCAAUGUAGUUGUGGGUCGUGUGCUGCGCGGCCUGGCAAUCGUAGCCGAAAUGGAACAAAACUGCAACGAUGACGGCGAUCCCACUGCGGAGAUCGUGAUACGAGACUGCGGAGAACUAGUACCAGGAGAGGACUGGGGUCUCGAGUGCAGUGACGAGACGGCAGACAAGCUGCCACCCUACCCGCAAGACUGGACUCGAAAGUUUGACAAGUUUACUUCGGAUGCGGCAGUGGAGCUGCUUACAGGCAUUCGCCAAUCGGGCAAUCACUUCUAUCAGCUCGGCCGCUAUCAUGAGGCCCGUGCCAAGUACCGCAAGGCGAACCGCUACUAUCAAUACCUGAGCAAACAGUUUGGCUGGCAGCAGCUGAACCACUUCAAAAAGCACCUAGUCGACGAGGAUCUGCUCAAGAUCGAUGCUUUCUCGGUGGUGAACAACAUUAACGCCGCGGCCGUGGACCUGAAGCUGGGCAACUAUUUGAGCGCCAAAUACGAUUGCUCCGAGGCCAUUCGCCUGGAUCCCAACUGUAGCAAGGCGUUCUAUCGGCGCGGUCAGGCACAGCGAGCGCUGCGAAAUUACGAGGAGGCCAUCAACGAUCUGAAGAAGGCGCACAACCUCCUGCCGGAGAACAAGCAGAUCCUCAACGAACUGAACAGCACCAAGCAGCUACUGGCCCAGUACAAUCGUCAGCAACGAAAUGCGCUCAAGAACCUAUUCGCCUAGCUCUGGUAGCUGGUGGGUCGGUUUAAAUCGUUCUUAGUUUAACUCUGGUCCAAUGGAUGGCUUGUUUUAAAUGUAAAUACUUAAUAAUUAAUAAAUGUUUUGUUUUUAACCAACA